GCGUUUCUUGUACAGAAUCGACCAGCCCUGGUCACCAUCAUCAGGAAGACGAAGAAAACGUGCAGUGGCUUUCGAGCCGUGCAAACGUGCAUAUCAGUCGUCGAUACCGAGGCCUAGUCCUACAAACAUAUGAACCGGUGUUGAUUUUUAUGACAAAGUGCUUAACUUGAAAUUGGUUCCAAUCCAGCUAGCAGUGAUACACCAUGACGGAGAAGAUAAACACCUUUCGCGUACGGGCGCCCUUAUCAGUUGCUCUAGUCGGUUUAGUCACAGUUUGGCUCAGCUUGCCGGGCGAUGUCAAUGGCUGGUUCUGGGAUGGGCUGCCCUGUGAAUUCCGCGAUUCAAUCAACAUAAGUAGUGGCGUUCGGGAUGGUCAAGAGAAUAUUUUUCACCGGGGCAUCCGGUACUCACCGAAGGAUUACGCUCUCGUUAAUUAUGCCUUCGAGGGUCUGGGAAACGAGCAGCAGGUGGAUGUUCCGGCCCAUUAUAGGGGUUGUGUAUGCCAUUUGACCAACUGUGUCCGAUUGUGUUGCCCUCUGGGCCAGUGGUUUUAUAUCGGAAGUGGACCACCCGUCUGUCAGCCAGCUUCCGCCAAUGGUAGCGAGUUUAAGGUGUUGGCAAAAGUUAACGAUGGAAAUGGAACCCGAGUGACCGAUUUACUGGAAAACUCUACCUUCGGAUAUGUGGACCAGAGACCGUGCAGUGAGCUAAUUGACGAAGAAUAUGAUGAUUGGCUGGUGGAUGAUAGUGGAUCGGUCCUGAAUAUGGGGGAGUUUCUGCUUUCGCACAAGGAUUACUGCCUGGCACCGCGCGAAGGCAACGAAACCACCCUGCUGAUGUACUGCCCGAUGACGGAAGAGUCCAGAGUGCCACAUGUUAUAGGUAUCUUCGUAUCGAUUCCGUUCCUGAUCGUAACGCUGGCCAUCUACAUCUGCAUUCCGGAACUGCGGAACAUCCACGGCAAAUCGUUGAUCUGCCACGUGUUUGCGCUUCUCUGCGUCUACGUGCUGUUGUUGCUAACGAACUUCCGGCUCACUUCCGGUUGGUGCAAGAUACAGGGAUUCACUCUGUACUUCUGGCUGCUGGUUUGCUUCUUCUGGCUCAAUGUGAUGUGCUUCGACAUCUUCUGGACCUUCAGCAGCGGAGUUCUGAUCAAGAAUGAAAAAAGACGAUUUCUGUACUAUUCGCUGUAUGCUUGGGGAGUUCCGGUGCUUUUCACGGGUGCAGCGUUGAUGGUGGAACAUUUAGACGCGGUUCCGCUUCACAUUAAACCCCGUUUCGGCGAGAAUGAGGAUGUGCUGAACUGUUUUCUUCAGAGGGAUAUGGCAAUCGAAUUCAUUUACUUCUACUUUCCGCUUUGUAUAGUGGUUGUAAGUAAUGUGUAUUUUUUCGGAAUGACGGCUUUUCGUAUCUUCCGGAUACAGCGAGCAACUGAAGCUGCUCUUCGACAUGAUUCCAAGCGGCACAGCAAAUUCGAAAAGGAUCGUUAUCGGUUCAGCUUGUAUCUGCGGCUAUUUGUCGUCAUGGGUAUCACCUGGACGUUUGAAAUCCUUUCCUGGGCCAGCCAGAGCGAACUCUGGUUCUUCUAUCUAGCAGAUAUUUGCAACUGCCUUUUGGGAGUGAUCAUAUUCUUCCUAUUCGUCUGGAAACAGAAAGUUCGACAGCUGGUUGUAAAGAGGAUAGGGCGUCAUCAAGAACCGAGUCGUUCGAAAUCAUCCGUUAAUACCGCGUCUUUCACAACGGGAACGACCAAGAGCUCCAGCGGCCAUGAAGCGGCGGUUCCGAUGAAUCCGAUUGCUACGAGGACGUCCGAGCUCGCCACGGAUUCGGCCUGAAUGCUGCUUUAGAUGUCUCACCAUAUCAGUGCUGAUUUGGUUAAAAAAGUUUCCCAUUAUUGAUGGGUGAAAAUUACACAACAGACACUCUCGCAAAAAAAAAGCAACCAUACUCGAAUGUAUCUUCGUUCGCAUUUAUGUGCUUGGAAAACCUUGUGCCCUGCUAAAAGUGAAUGUAGGCAACCACGACGCCGUUUUAAAAACGAUUGACAUAUUUUUAAGAAAAGUACUACUCCGAUGAUAUUCAUGUUCUUGGUGUUUUUUGUACUUGCACAACGUACUUCAUCAUUAGUAUUUAGAGAAAAAAAAAUCGGUUUCAAACUGACUUAUGAGUAUUGAUAGUUUUUAUCAGUUUCACAGUGUAUGAAAGCCUCUGGAAAGAUGUGAUAACAUCAAUUAUAUAAAAAUGGAGCAUUCCUUAUUUUUCUCGUCUUAAUAUUAAAAUCACAAUGAAAAGUUAAAUCAUUUACAACGAUGGUAAGAAGAGAAACAAUCUAAUGAAAAAACUGAUAUGAGAACAAACCAUACAAUUAAAUUGCAGCUGUAUUUACAUGAACAUUUUCAACCUAACCAAUAUAGUAGACAUCCGUUUCUUGGCGAUUUUAAAAUCACUGAAUAGAUCUCGUGACUAUUGCAUAUGAACAUCGAAAAUAACAAAUCAAAUAUUUCAACCCCAUCCCUCCCAGUAUAAAUCGAACCAAAGAACCCAAGCUCGUUGUGUUUUACACCGAAACUAUACAAAUCGUGCAUCAAUUUCAGCGAAAUAAAAAUCGAA